CUUUACAGCGUGCGGUAUGGUCUGGGAGUUCCGAACAAAACUGUUUGUCUACGGAUCUCUUUUACUCCGCUACAAGACUGCGUGACGAAAUUGGUGCUAUAGUUAUCCGCGGCUAAUUUAUUAGCUGAAGACUGAAGUCUAAAGGCUUGUUGUUCUUUCCUCGGGCACACAUCUCAAAUCUAGCUGUUUCUUUCAAUCUUUAUAUUGUUUUUCCUGCACUGAUUUAAAUCUAUAUUCUGACAUAUUUUGUGGAGAGAACACCAUAGAGCUAGCGCUGAGGUUCUGGACAAACCUGCAGUUUUGAGAUUCCUGUGCUGCCAGAGAACCCACAACCUUCUGGCCAUGCAGAUUCCUGUGCUGCCAGUUUGAAGAACAGUUUCUAAAACCGCGUAUCUAAGGCUCUGGUUUUGCCAAGAACUAAAGGAAAACAGGAGAGGAGGGGGAAACUGGAGAGAAGCCGUCGCCUGAACCAAGACGCAUCAACAGAGACUCAUGGGGUUAGGGGAGGCUUCAGCGAGAGGGACAGCCAUGGACGGAGACUGUCUGAGCUGUAUCAAAUACCUCAUGUUCGUCUUCAACUUCCUGAUCUUCCUGGGAGGCUCCUUCCUCCUGGGUGUAGGGGUGUGGGUGCUGGUGGAUCCUACAGGCUUCAGGGAGAUCAUUACAGCCAACCCUCUGCUCUUCACUGGGGUCUACAUCAUCCUGGCCAUGGGGGGAAUGCUCUUCCUCCUGGGAUUCCUGGGCUGCUGCGGAGCCAUCCGGGAGAACAAGUGUCUGCUCCUCUUUUUCUUCAUGCUCAUCCUGGUUAUAUUUCUGGCAGAGUUGGCUGCAGCCAUCUUGGCCUUCAUAUUCCGGGAGCAUCUGACCAGAGAGUUCUUCACUAAGGAGCUGAAGAGACACUACCAGGGAUACAACAACACUGAUGUCUUCACCGGAACCUGGAACGCCGUCAUGAACAGCUUUGACUGCUGUGGAGUGAACAGCCCAGAGGACUUUGAGGAGAGCCUGUUCCGGUUGAUCAACCCCAACGAGAUGGUCCCUGCAGCCUGCUGCAGGAGGGGCAGCCAACCAGGAGACUCGGCAUACGUCAACCAGGACGAGUGUCUAAUGGGGAAAAUGCUCUUCCGAAACAACAAGGGUUGUUACUCUGCUGUGGUUGACUACUUUGAGCUCUAUAUAUACGUGGCCGGAGCUCUGGCCAUCGUGGUGCUCACCAUUGAGCUGUUCGCCAUGGUGUUUGCCAUGUGUCUGUUCAGAGGGAUCCAGUAGGAUGCCUGACUGCUGUAGCCGCACGGAUGGGAGCUAGAAAAGGGAAAUCAGGAGGGGGGAAAAAAAGAAAAAUUAACACUUACAAAUGUGUUGUUCUUUUUGUAUCUGCAAAACAAUUUGGUUAGAAAACAAACAAACAAACAACAACCACAACCACAACAACCACAA